AUGCAAGCCAAAGAAGACGCACCUCGAGGCCUCUCCUCCGCCAUCUUCACCCCUCUAAAGAUCGGGAACGGCAAAAUCACUCUCUCCCACCGCAUUGUCCUUGCUCCCCUAACUCGAAAUCGUGGAGUUCCUCUGAAGAUCAACGCUACUCCCGAAGAUCCAAACAGAAUUUGGUACCCAGGCGACCUGAUAAAAGAAUAUUACAUCCAGCGUACCACUCCAGGGGGGCUUCUGAUCACUGAGGGUCUUCCUCCAAAUCUAGAAGGCAAUGGGAUGCCCGGCGUGCCAGGGCUAUUCUGCGAAGAGCAAAAGAAGGGCUGGAAAUCAGUGGUCGAUGCCGUACACGAGAAAGGAGGGUACAUCUACGCACAACUCUGGAACGCAGGCCGAGCGUCAAUACCGCAGCACACUGGGAUGCCCACAAUCAGCGCGAGCGCAACCCCGUAUGAAGGCGAUGAACUUUACUCGUAUCCACCACCAGGAUCUAGUAAACAAGUUAUGUAUCGAGACUUCCCUCCAAUGGAGCUGAGCCAUGAGGGUAUCAAGAAGCAGAUCGCAGACUAUGUUGCAGCAGCAAAGGCGGCAGUUGAGGAGUGUAGGUUCGACGGCGUGGAGGUCCAUGGCGGGAAUGGCUACCUGCCAGAGCAAUUUCUUAGUAGCAAUAUCAAUAAACGAAACGAUGAGUACGGCGGUAGCCCUGAGAAACGAUGCAAAUUUGUUCUAGAUUUGAUGGACGCACUAGCCGGGGCAGUUGGAGAAGACAGGUUGGCUAUCAGAUUGACUCCUUUCGGGCUCUUCAACCAAACAAGAGGCAUGCAACGGAUGGAGACAUGGGGACAUCUGUGCAAGGAGCUCAAGAAAAAGCAUAACUUGAGCUAUGUGCAUUUCCUUGAGCCACGAUACGAGCAAGUUCACAGCUUGGAAGAGAAAAAGAAAUACUUGGAAUCCUGGGGCUUCAAGGACGUCGAUCUGAAAGUUUUCCGAGACAUUUUCGGAGACACCCCUUUCUUUUCUGCUGGGGGAUGGAAUGACAAGAAUACCUGGGGCGUCCUGGAAGAGAAGACUUAUGAUGCUUUUGCAAUCGGACGACUCUUUCUUUCAACCCCCGAUUUAGUUAACAGUAGAUUCAAAAAGGGUCAGCGAUUGAACGCGUAUGAUAGAUCACGAUUCUAUGGUCCAUUCCCAGAUCCCGAGGUUGGCUACACAGACUAUCCACUUUUUGAGGAUGUUGAGAAGUCGGGAAAACCGCUCGUAACUUGA